AUGACCGAGAAAGAGCUCGAAGAUCGAGCCAAGGAGAAAAAGGCCAAGAAGGUCAAGAAGGUCAAGCUGAACGAGAAAAUGCUUCAGGAAUACAUCACCCUGGAGAAAGCGGUAUUUCGACUGGAGCGCAAGAACGUCAUCAAGAAGUACGAGCAGAAGAUGAUCGCCGCCGAUGAGCUGAAGAAGACGGUCGAUCAAUUGGAAGCUACUUAUAAGGAAUUGAAGAAGCAGACGGAAAAAGAACGGGCAGAUAUGGAAAAUAUCGAGCAGCCGUCGGUGAAGACCUUCUUGAAAUCGCAGGGCACUUGGGAGCAGCGACUGGGCAAAGAGAAGGAGGAAUACGUGGAGGCGACGAGAAAGCAAGAUAACGCUGAAAAGGCGCUUUCGGACGCGAAAAUGAAAUAUUCUCGGGCGGCAAAGAUUGCGGAACUUUACAAGCAGCAAACGGAUGAUUUGCAGAAUAUGUAUGAGAAGCAGGAUCAAAUGUUGAAUUUGGUGGAAUGGCAGCAGAGAGUGAGUUUGGCCAUGUUUAAAUGGACAAACGGAAGGGUUCUUCUCGUGCACGCAAAUACCCAGAUGGCGUUCGGCAUUUCUCGAUGGUCUGAAUUGAAGAAAAUCGAGUCGGCUAACGGCCGGAUGCGCUAUUUCGCGGCCGCCGAGGCCCGCAACAACUUUAUUGCGGCCGGCCAGAACGUGCAGAGUUGUCGUGUGUACUUGGGAAAGGUGCAAUUCCCGUACGCGACGGAGGAUGAGAUGACCGAGAUGGAAAAUACGGUCAACGCCGCCUUCAAGGACGUACAAAAUGAUGGCACUAUUGAUAAGGCCGGUCGUGUUUUCCAAGAAACACAUGUCAAAAUCACGUCACUUAUCCAAUGGUUCGACAAGGUCAUUCACGACACGAUUUGUAAGGAUUUGGAUAAGGCAAAUGAUGAGGUCAUCCGCAAACAACGUCAACUUCGUGAAGAACGGUUGGCGAUUAUGAAAAAAAAGUGCAAAGAAGAGCUGGGCCACGAUAUGAGCUUCGAAUAUGACCAUGUGGCGGACAACGAAUUGGAGAAGGAGCUGCUGGCACUCGAAGAAGAAGCGCUGCGAGACGAACAAUUCGGCCGUACCGACAGUCUAAGCGAACUGCUGAAUCUGUCACAACCGGACGGGCCGGGUGGGCUUCCGCUCAGCAAAUUGGCUCCAAUCCCUACCAAGGACGCGUUGUUUGGCGACGUCAAGCAAAAACUAGACGAGUAUGGGACGACGCGGAAGGCAUUCGAAAAGCGCAAUCAAGAAGCCAGGGAGCGGCAAAAGCUUGCUUUGCAGGAGAAGCUGAAGCAACGAGCCCAAAACGGCUCGAGCAGCAACGAUCUGGCGAGUCUGGACGCCCCGCCACCGCCGGCCGCCGAAGCCAAGCCGAAAAAGAAGAAAAAGUCGGUGAAACGGAUCCCGAAAAGAGCCGUUGCGCCCAUCACAGAGGCC